CACCGGGACAGACACUGCGGGAAACUCGGCCAACCAAGUUCCAACUUCAACUGGACCUUAUGCAACGUUUACAUUUGUGGACCUUUCCUAUUUCGCACUUUUUUUCGCUUUGGCAUACAGAGAUAGUAACAAUUUGCGCAUUAGUAGGUGAAUACUGCUCUUACAUUGGUAUGGAGGUAUUGCAGAGGCAAGAUGAGUUCUGAUACAGAUCAUGCCGUUAACUUCUUGAGUAAUGCUUCCUCCGAACUGCCCUACGCCGCCAAUUCGAGCUCCACGGGGAACGGGACCGAGCCGAGCUCUUUCAGCCUCGGCCGCGCGCUUCCACUGGGCAUGGUUCUGGGCGCUUUUAUUGUGUUUGCCAUCGUGGGCAACAUUCUCGUUAUUCUCUCCGUAGUGUGCAACAGGCACCUGCGCAUCCCAACCAACUACUUCAUCAUCAAUCUAGCCAUGGCAGACCUGUUGCUGAGCACAACUGUCCUGCCGGUGUCCGCCACGCGUGAAAUUCUCAACUACUGGGUGUUCGGGAGGAUUUUCUGUGACAUCUGGGCUGCGGUGGAUGUGCUGUGCUGCACCGCGUCCAUCAUGAGCCUGUGCGUGAUCUCCAUAGACCGCUACAUCGGGGUGCGUUACCCGCUGCAGUACCCGAGCAUCGUGACCGAGAAAAGGGCGCUCCUAGCCAUGCUGGGUGUUUGGGUUCUUGCCUUUGUCAUCUCCAUAGGACCUCUGCUCGGGUGGAAAGAGCCUCCUUCAGAGGAUGACACUGUGUGCCCCAUCACAGAGGAGCCGUUUUACGCGCUCUUCUCCUCGCUGGGCUCCUUCUAUAUCCCUUUAGCGGUGAUUCUGGUCAUGUAUUGCCGCGUGUAUAUAGUUGCCAAAAGAACCACGAAAAACCUCGAGGCUGGAGUGAUGAAGGAGCGCAUGGACACCAAUGAGCUGACGCUUCGGAUUCAUUAUAAAGGCUCUCAGACGCAGGAUAUCUGCAGCAAAGGCCACAUGAGGAGCUCGCUGACAGUCAAAUUACUCAAGUUUUCUAGAGAAAAGAAAGCUGCUAAAACGCUUGGUGUUGUAGUGGGCAUGUUCAUCCUGUGCUGGUUACCAUUUUUCCUCGCACUACCCAUCGGGUCAUUUAACACCAGUUUACGUCCUCCUGAAACAUUCUUCAAAGUGAUCUUCUGGCUGGGCUACUUCAACAGCUGCUUGAACCCCAUUAUUUACCCCUAUUACAGUCGUGAGUUCAAGCAGGCCUUCAUUCGGAUCCUGCAAUGCCAGUGUCAGCAGAGGAAACAACAGAGAUGGAGAGCAUACAACUACCGCGUCCAGACAGGCUUGGCCAACCAGGUCUACACAGAUACCAGCUCCAUUUGCAUGAACAGCAGUCAGCAAACCCUUGCCCCAGUGCAACCCAGCCCGACGUUAUUCAGCAGAGUUGUGGGCUCUCGUCCGGCAUCAGACCUUCUUCCAGGCUGGGGCUGUACGUCCUCUUCCUCUUCCUCCCUAUCUGGGAGCCCUUUUCCUGGUAUGAUGAGAUCCAGUUCUAGGGCGAUGAGUACCUGCAAAUCCAACAGGAUGGCCUUGCUUUUCUCCAGUGGGCCCCAACAUGCCGAUGGACAGAGCGGGAAGCUAGAGGCAGAGCAUGGGCCGAUGUCUAUACAUACACCUGAGACUACAAUCUAGCUGGGUGUUAAUAAAUAUUCAUGCUCGUGAUUUGUCUGUCUUUCUCUUCUUUCUGGAUGGAUCUGAUUCAUUAUUAUAGACGUGAAAUACAUUGUGUGUCUUGUCAUGCAUGUCAGCAUUGUUUAAUUUGAGAGUUGCAGUCACUAUGUUAGAGAUAAUGUACAGUCAGCCGGUAAAUAUCACAAAAUAAAACCCAACAAGGUGAUAAGGAUGCAGACACCAAUAAGUAAAUAAAUAAAUGGACAUGAAAUAUUGAUUUGAGUUGAUAUUAUUUUAUCUGCAUAAUUGUCUUAAAGCUUCUUCUAAGAAAAGAAAAGAAAAUAACCCAUUGUAACAUAUAUAUAGUAUAUAGUAAUAUUAGUAACACUUAAGUUCUCUGAGUUCUCUGAGUCUAAGAUGCAAGAUGGCAGUAAAAUGUGUUUUAAAAAAUGUGUUUUAAAAUUGUAAAAGACAUUAAUCUCUUUGAUGAGGGAAACAAUCUCUUAAAGUUUUGGGAAUGACAUAAAUUAAAAACCAUAGAGAUAAUUAUUUAAAGAUGUUGAUUAUGUAAAAACAAACAAUAUUUUUUUAAGUUAAUUACAAAUCAUAUUGUUUGAGAGUGAAUUUACAGUGCUGAAUUUACAGUUAAGGUUGUUAUGAUAUGAUUGUUUGUCACAGUUUUUGAUUGGUGGAAGUUUCUUUGGAGAAUCAUGUGUAAUGUAAUUUUUCCAUCCGGAAUUUUCAUGUAAAACA